GACUCCAGCAGCGGCGGCGGCGGCGGCGGCGGCGGCGGGGGAGAGAUUUCUGUACAGGUGUCCUGUUUUUUUUUUUUUUUUUUCUUCAUUCUGACAAGAGACAAGACCCGACUGUAAGCAGCCUAACACUGCUAAGGAGGAAUCAACGCUGAUAAAAAUAAUAAAAGAUCCGCCUUGAAAUCCGAAAAAGAGCAGCGGCGGAGAAGAGCUGCCCGUCUGGAUGAGAGACCCCCGCUGGGUGAAGACACGCAGUGAAAGCCCGCCGCCGAUGACUGGAGCAGAGACAGGGAUGGAAAGCGAGCGCAGCGCAGAGGAGGCAGCAUCAUCAGGCAAAUUAUCGCCUCGCUGAUCAUCUCAGCGUCUUUAUGCAUCAGUAAUAGAUUAGCGGCUGGUGAUAUUUUUUUGUCCGCUGUCGCCGCUGGAGGCUGAGACGGUGACAUCUGCUGUCGCCGAGUUUCAUUUUUCAUUCUGCAGAUGUCGGCUGCAGGAAGGAGAAGGAGAAGAAGAAGAAGCGGCCUGUUUCUGUCGGGUGAAGCCUUCGGGGAUUAAUCACUGAUCGCCAUGAACGGCAAAGCACUGUGGGUUAUCUUCAGCCGCUCAUGGAUGACACGCGUGGGCAGCUUUCACGCCUUAUGGGGGAUGUCACUUACGAGGAAAUGUGUUUAAAAAAGAAGGUGAGAUAUGUAUUGAAAUCAUAUGAAGAAGGAAUACCACAGCAGCAGAUGGGCUGGUUUUAGGUUCAGAUAAGACUGACAUGACCUUGUGUCGACUCUCUGCUGGAUGCCAUCUGAAACAUGUCCAGCUCCCAGGCACCUGGUUUGGGCUGCAAUUUCACUGAUGAUCCCCUGGAGUUUGGCUUCACCCGCUCCAGUCAGGACACAGUUUGGUCCUCCUCAGCGGACAGUAUGGUGAGGGUGGUGCUCAUAUCUGUGAUCGUCUGUCUCUCCUUGUUUGGAAAUGUGGUCGUUCUCCUGGUGUUCCAAAGGAAGCCUCAGCUCCUUCACGUCGCCAACCGCUUUGUCCUCAACCUCCUCUUGGCGGACCUCCUCCAGACUGUUUUAGUCAUGCCCUUUGCCAUUGCGGCUGCCUUGCCAGGUGUGUGGCCUCUGGAUGCUCGGUUGUGCCAGGCUCUGGUGGUGCUCAUGCACCUUUUUGCGUUCGCCGGGGUCAACACCAUCAUAGUUGUCUCAGUGGAUCGCUAUCUGGCCAUUAUCCACCCUCUAUCUUAUCCGACCCGUAUGACCCCACACUUAGGCACCAACCUGAUCGUUGCCACCUGGGUGCUGAGCUUCCUGCAGAGCACACCCCCUCUCUACGGCUGGGGGGCCAUAGACUUUGACCGCCGUUACAAGGUCUGCACAGUCUUGUGGUCCUCCAGUUUGUCCUACUCUGCUGUGGUGUCUACCUUUUCCUUCUGGCUUCCAGUGCUCAUCAUGCUUUGGUGUUACUGGAUGGUGUUCAGAGCAGCCCGCAGACAGAAUGCAUUAGUGCAUCCCAUACAGACACAAUCAUACUCCCAGCCCUGCCAGCAGGAAUUUCAGGGCCCCAGCAGUCCACAGCGGCUGUCCUUACCCCAGCAAGCAAGUUCACCUGAGGGCCCCUACACAGCCCGAAGGCACCCUGUUCGAGUCAGACACAGACGGUUUCACUACCACUGCAAGGCAGCUCGUGUAGUGUUUGUCAUCAUGGCUUCAUACAUCCUCAGCAUGGGUCCCUACAGCAUUAUGAAUACCAUAUCGAUUAGCGCCAAAGCCAAUGUGCCCCCAUGGUUGUCCUCUGUCGCCCUUGUGCUCUUCUUCUUACAGUGCUGCCUACAUCCGUACAUUUACGGCUACAUGCAUCGCAGCGUGAGGAAAGAGUUCCUAGCUUUGCUUUAUGGAAUGCUCUGCAAGCAAGGUCGCCCGCGUCAAAGUUCCACAGUGGAAAGCUGCUUUACCACGGCAGAGGGACGCCCCGGAGCUCACUCUCAUCUUCCCAGUCUGGCUGCUCGAGUGUUCCCCUUGCAGACUUGGGAAGAGUGCACAACAUCCUACUCUCCCACUUGUGAGAGGAAGUCAAGGGACAGCCGUAGAGAGACCACCUCUACCAGUUUCAGCUCAGAGAGAGAGCUGCCGGUUCACGGCAAGCAAAGCUCCUGAUCUACCCUGCAUUCAUCAGAUAAGAAAUCCCUACUCCUAUGUGACGAGUUUCUCUUACUGGGUGAUUAUAAAUGUGGAUCCAACCUGCUGAGAUUAAGCUGGUGUUUAUGGUCUGUUCAAUUUAUGUCAGAAGUUGAAGCUCAGAUCUGGGAAGUAAGUCACAUCCAAAUAAUUUUUUUUUUGUUGUAAUUCGGAAAACUAGUUGGAUUUGCUGUUUGUUGCAGGGAUCACCAACUAAAGUAUUUCUUUCUAUUUUAUGCCUCCACACUCUAAAGGAACAUUUUCACUAGUCGAGGUUGUACAGCAAUAUUUGUGUUGCUGGUAUAAUGAGCUUCAACCUGUCAGAAAUGCUACUACUUGUAGAGUCCAAUGUCAAGGGGCAAUCUUGUUGUCAUUCCAACUGAGAACUCGAAAAAAACUGUCUUCGGAGUACAAAGAUAAUGCACCGGAAAUUUUAGAAAGGGAAAUGGAGGUAGGAGGAGGUGCACCACCAGUGUCCAGGAUGCGCGUGAUCUGCAGAGAUACUAGCUACCCUUUUCCUGACCCUAGAUCUGUACAAGUCCUGGAUGGAGGGAAGGUCAGUACUGAUGAUCCUUUCUGUAGUUUGGAGCUGUCCUAUUUUGUGAUCGUGCCAAACUACACAGUAAUGGAUGUGCACAGGACAGACUGAAUAACGGUGGUUCAUUGGAGAGGUUUGCGCUAUUAAAUCCCUAAAAACAAUAAUGAGAGGGACUGUGUUUUUUCUCCACGUCUAUUAUCAGCUCAGGGAGCUGUUUUAAGCCUCUGACGUGCAGAAUUGUGGUGGGUGUAAAUAUCAAGCACAACAACGGUUUAAAGGUCCAUAAAAUGGUGCUCUGGUAAACUGCCAUCAUACUUUAAGCCUGGAAUUAUUUUCAGAUGGUACAAGUCUACUUUGGUGUUAGUUUCUAUGACUAGCCAUUAUCUUAAGGCUCCAGGACCAACUUGUCUGGAAUUAUACUAAAAGAGGUGAGUUAACUACUGCAGGUAAGAUCUUAACAGAAACAAACCUGAGAAAUCCCCAACUUGGCAAAUGGAGUUCAGUAUACAGUCUUUAUGGAAAUAGUUUGAUCCAGUUGAGAAUUUAUCAGAACUGGCUUGGGGAUCGGAGGUGAGGGUGUACUUUUUGAAUAUGUAAAUGCGGUUUUUAAAGUUGCAACAUAGACUAUAUGUGUCUUGCAGUUGCCAUUAUGUUCUGUCUGUAAAACCAUUAGCAGAAGUAUCCAAUAUUGUAAUUACUGCUUUGAAUUUCAAAAUGGACCUUUAAAACAUUUUUCUUUUAAUCAAUCUUAACCUUGCCCUAUCAUAAAAUAACUUAUUUGUUCUGACACAGGCAGGCAAUUAUUUAUCAGUUUGCAGUAGCAAGACCUCUUUUUUGUUCUUAAUGUGAGGCAUGCUGGAGGGCACAGCUUUAUUUUCACCACAUGAACUCAGGGUAUCAUUUGCAGAUUAAGAAAAACACUGUGUCCAUAUCAGUUCAAUUUUUAGUUUGUAAAUAUUCAUUUUCUGGAACUCCUCUUAGUCUUAAAGCACCUUUUAAGGAAUAAAUAGAAAACAAUUCAUUGUGCCUCUAAAUUAAACACUUAUUAUUCCCUUUAGCAAAUGGGAUGGUCAAACGUACACAUUUGUCUCAGUUUAUUCUGACCAAACCUUAAGAUUUUUACCUCGUCAGUGUGCCAUAUUUGGACUCAGUAUUUACAGCCUUUUUAAUGUAAGCCUUUCUUUUGAGACACAUAGUAUUUUCUGUAACACAACAGAACACAGGGAGCAAUGGGUGAUAAAAAUAUCACAACAGUGUACCAGUUUUCUGGCAAAGCCAGGGGAGCAUAUGUAACAGAUUUCUUACAUUCCAUUAAACACAUGUAAAGGUGCAAGACACCUCAUAUCAUCUUCGUAAAAUAAUAGAAAAAAUGUUUAAAGCCACAGAUUGGAGCCUCAUUUGUAGGUGGGGUCAGAAGUUCCAUUCUACAUCUAGCUUCGAAGACCUAAUUGUGUGCACCUGUUCAUUUGGGAUGAAGAUCCCUCAAGGAAAAUCUCAGUUUUUGCAAUGAUCUAGUGCCACUGAAAGCAAAUGAAUCCCGCACCAUGACGCUAUCAAGACUGUGCCAUGUAGGUAGAGUUUUUUAGGUUCAAAGGCUCAACAUGGCUCCUCCAAACAUUUUUUGUCUCAUUUGACCAAAGAUAUUUUCCCAGAAGACACCCGACUUGCACAUUUCAGUCAAGCUUGAAGGUAUUCAUUUUGGAGCAGGUUCUUCUUUUUCGGCCUCCUCUCUCAGUCCAUAGCGAUGCAGGUCUGACUUCCAUGUGCUCAGUGAUGCUGCUGUUCCAGCAGUUUCCAUUUCAAGCAGACUUGAGCAUUGAGUGUUCCUGAACAUCCUAACCAAUUUCCUUUCACAUGGCGUCAAUAGCUUGGUUCUUCUCCCAAGCCUCAUCUAAAAGGUGAUGCAUCUAAACAAAGGACAAUCUUGGAAUCUUCGAUUGUCUGGAAAUCUGAAGUCUUUCUCUUGGACUUUCCCAUUGAUCUGUCUAUUGAAUUGUGUCAAACUGCUGUUUUAUGCUGAUAAACAGAAACUACCAGCUUUAGCCAAUUACGAUCACUAAUGGGAAAUUAAAAGACCAUAGACUUGUCAAGUUAGGACAUUGUUAAACCUUGUGUUAAGAAAUUUAUAUAUAUUUGCACCUGCAUGCAUAAUUUUGAGCCAAUUUGGAUUAGAGAAAGUCUGAAAGUAAAUUUAAUCUUGAGCAGCAAAUAGUUGUCAUCAUUAAAAGCCCCCAAAUUAGUUAAAACAUUUAUAGCCAUGACGAGUGCCUGUAAAGAUCUGAGAGCAGCUGUAACAAACAGUGGUGCAAGACAGAGGAAAGUAUAUUUAGGAAGCUGUAAGCUUGACUCUGGCUUAUUUUAAAAAGUGGGUUUCAGCUUUGUUUUGGCAUUUCUAAAACAAUUUGCUUAAUUAAAAACAUAUUUUGCCUCUAGUGUUUUUUCAUUCUCUACUGUGGGAUUGUUUUAUUCAUUCUUUAUGAGACCUGCCUUUGUUAUAAACCUGUAAUUAUCCAGCAGGCCUGUAGAGGAAUUAAAACAUUACAUUUGACAAUCAAACUUGUAGAACAGUUUGCAUCACAGCAAAUUAGAGAAAAUGUUUUAGCCUUUAAAAAGAAACUACAUAUUUUGUGUAUUUGUAUUUAUUUGGUUGGAAUAAUAAAUGCUGUUUGUUGUUUAAUAAUAAACUGUGUGUAAAGUAUAAAA